CACGAAUCCGGAUCGAGGCACGCGCAGGCGAGAGAGCUCGCCAGCAGAACGGCGAAGAACCGGGCAGCGCCGGAGGAGGAAUGGAGGCGGCGAGGGGGCGGGCUCGCGGCCGUCAAUCAGGCAAGCACAAAGCAGGCAGCCGCAGAUCGCCGUCAAUCUGCCGCCCCCGUUACGGGGCUGAUUCCCUCCCUCCUUUCCCCCCAAAAGUUCAAAAAAAAAAAAAAGCGAGGCAACGGGCGCUUUUUAAAAAAGUUCAAAGCUGGCAGACUUGUCGCUGGUGGGUCGAGUUGAGGCACGUUUACUGGAGGAGGCGUGCUUAGGCUACACUCCUCCUUACCCGGCUUACUUGAGAGUAAGCCCCGUUGAAGACAAUGGGAUCUGACUUCUGAGUAAGCCAGGCGGAGGCUCGCCCUGUUGCCCGCGAGUGAGCGGGGUUGCAGGGCCGCGCCCGCGCCCCGAUUCUCGGGCGUCAAAGUUGCGCGGGGUUUGCUCGGGGCUACGCACCUGCUGCUCCUUCCAGGGAUGUAAGGGCCGGCGGGUCCUUGGGGGGAAAAGAUUGCUUGGGGUCCUGAACAAGACGGAAAGGGAGCCGGACGGCAGGCCGUUAAAGAGAUAUGGAGUAUCUUUCCACCUGCUUCCGCCUCUACCCAAACCAACCCUCCAAGGUGCCUCUUCAGCUAUGAAAGCGGGGCUCGAAAUGCACCUUGCCACUUCCGCCAACCCACACCGACAAACACGGGGCGUGCGCGCGCGUUGGGGAGGGCAAUCUCCGGAACCCCUCAGGUGCACCGGCUUUGCUUUCUUCAGGCGUGCCUUUUGGAAAGAACCCUUUCCCCGCAGCCGGGUCCCAUCCUAAACAGCCCUCGAUCCCCCUGCGCUGCGGACUUCGGCAGGCAGGGCGUGCGGCGGAUGAAUCCCAGCGUGCCUUAUUUGGGGGCAAAGUAGUCCCGGGAGAGCUGCCCUUUCGGGGGGUAGGCAGUCGGCGCCGAGAGCAAGCGGAGCGCUUUUGCCUUGACGGAGAGACACCGAGGGGGAGGGGUCAGGAGCGAGCAGGCAAUCGGGCGCGCCGCUCCCCUCCCCUUACCCAGCCCAACCUUCCCUUCUCCCCCCCCCUUUUUUUUUUUGCAAAGACCAUGUCAACUCCGGAGACGCAGCCCGGGAGCCUGCGAGGCUGCUGAGGACCGGAGGAGGAGAAUGAAGCUGGGCGCGGGGGCCGGCUGCCUACUGCCGCCGCUCUUGCUGCUGGGACUCUGCGGCUGGGACGCCGCCGACGCCGCGGCAUGCCAUGGAUGCUUGUCAGGAUCCAAAUGUGACUGCAGUGGACAAAAAGGAGAAAAGGGUGAGAGAGGAUUCCCCGGUUUAGAAGGCCAGCCAGGCUUACCUGGAUUUCCUGGACCAGAAGGCCCACCUGGGCACAGAGGUGAAAAAGGGGAUGAUGGUCUUCCAGGGCCAUUUGGCCCCAAAGGAAUUCGAGGACCUCCGGGUCUGCCAGGCUUUCCGGGAACGCCAGGACUUCCUGGGCUACCAGGUCAGGAUGGGCCUCCAGGACCUGCAGGUAUCCCAGGAUGCAAUGGAACAAAGGGAGAACAUGGCUACCCUGGCAGUCCAGGUUUCCCAGGGUUACAAGGCCCCCCUGGUCCUCCUGGCCUAGCAGGGAUGAAGGGUGAGCCAGGUGAAAUAAUCACAUCUACGCUGCCAGGACAAAAAGGUGAUCCAGGAUAUCCAGGUCUGCCAGGAAUACCAGGCCCCCCUGGUCCUGUUGGAGUACAGGGUCCUUCUGGUCCUCCAGGGCUAACAGGAUUGAUGGGUCCUCCUGGUCCACCAGGACUACCAGGCCCUAAGGGCAAUAUGGGCUUGAACUUCCAAGGUCCCAAAGGAGAAAAGGGUGAACAGGGACUUCAAGGACCCCCAGGGCCCCCAGGACAAAUCAGCGAGCAGAAAAGACCAAAUGAUGUAGAAUUUCAGAAAGGAGAUCAGGGUGUUCCAGGUGACCAAGGCCCCCCAGGUCUCCCUGGACUACCAGGUCCUCCUGGCCCUUCUGGUGGUGGAAAAGGUGAAAAAGGUGAGCAAGGAGAACCAGGCAAAAGAGGAAAACCUGGCAAGGAUGGAGAAUUUGGGCAGCCUGGCUUGUCUGGUUUGCCCGGUGGUCGUGGUGUACCAGGCCUUCCAGGAAGAGAUGGGGGAAAAGGCCAAAAAGGUGAAGUUGGUCUUCCUGGUCCUCCUGGACUUGUUGUUCCAAGGCCAGGUACUGGUACAAUCGUGGGACCAAAAGGUAGCAAAGGUUUGCCGGGAUUUCCUGGAGAAAAAGGAGAGCGUGGCUAUCCUGGCCUACAGGGGCCCCCUGGUCUGCCAGGUCCACCAGGAAUUCCAAGUGUCGGCCCUUCUGGCGCUCCUGGUUUCCCUGGCGAGAGAGGACAUAAAGGGGAUCAGGGUCUUCCUGGAAUUUCAAUACCGGGGCAGCCUGGAAUUGAUGGGCGACCAGGAACCCCCGGACCACCUGGCCCGCCUGGCCCACCAGGAACGACUGUUCCACCCAGUGACAGACUGUGUGAGCGAGGGCCCCCUGGCCUCCGAGGCCUCCCAGGAGAAAAAGGAUUUAUGGGGGAGAGAGGCCAGAAAGGUGAUAAAGGAGACACGUGUUUUAACUGCAUUGGAACUGGCUUUAUUGGCCCUCCAGGGGAGAAGGGAAUGCCAGGUUUACCUGGAAGUCCAGGUUCUCCCGGUUUUCCUGGGCCAAAAGGUGAUAAAGGAGUUUCUGGCCUAGUUGGUACUGUUGGGCCACCAGGUCUUCCCGGCCGCCUAGGCCCUCCUGGACAUCCUGGUGCAAAAGGUGAUCCAGGCGACAUCCUUGCAUUCCCUGGAAUGAAAGGCGAGAAAGGAGACCCUGGCUUCCCAGGCCCUCCGGGUCUGCCUGGGUUAGAUGGAUCGCCUGGGCAAGAUGGACUACCGGGUCUUCCGGGUUCCAAGGGGGAGCCAGGUGGCAUCGCUUUCAAAGGGGAGCGAGGGCCUCCUGGUGAUCCAGGGAUUCCUGGAAUCCCUGGUGAUCGAGGUCCUCCUGGGCCUCCUGGAUUUGGCCCACAAGGUCCCCCAGGCGCAAAGGGCAUUCAAGGUGUUUCGGGACGCUCAGGGGCCCCUGGCGUUCCAGGACCCAAAGGAGAGCCUGGUCAAACUAUCACAGAAGCAGGAUCUCCAGGUAAACCUGGUCCCCCAGGCAGAAAUGGCGAAGUUGGCCUUGCAGGAGAUCCUGGUCCGCCAGGGCAACCUGGAUUGCCAGGGAUCCCCGGUGCAAAAGGGGCUCCAGGAUUACCUGGCAUCGGAUUUCCAGGUCCACCAGGACCCAAAGGUUUUCCUGGGUUGCAAGGCCACCUUGGAGCACCAGGAACCCCUGGAAGAGCAGGUCUAGAUGGACCUCCUGGGCCACCUGGAUUACCAGGACAGAAGGGGGACCGUGGAUUUGGUGUCCCAGGACCUGCUGGGCCACCUGGGCCACCAGGUUUUAAAGGAGCACAAGGCCACAAAGGUGAUCCUGGCUUUCCAGGAGCUCCUGGUAUUCCUGGACGUGGAGGUUUUGAUGGAACUCCAGGGCCUAAAGGUGACCCUGGGCCACGUGGCCAGCCUGGGUUAACAGGACCUCCAGGGAUUCCAGGAAUUGGUGGCCAAGGCCCACCUGGGCCUCCAGGACCUCUAGGACCUGUGGGUCCAUCCGGAUUGCAAGGCAUACCAGGUGAGAAGGGAAAUCCUGGCCCACCAGGAUUCGACACCCCCGGUCCUCCAGGGCAGAGAGGCAGCCCAGGAUUCCCUGGAUCACCUGGUCUCCCAGGGUCCCCAGGUGCACCUGGGCUACCCGGAAGAGAUGGAAAUCCAGGAUUUUCAGGUGGCAAAGGCGAAAUGGGAGUGAUGGGGGCACCCGGUCCCCAAGGUUCCUCUGGAAUUCCUGGCAGAAGUGGCCUUCCUGGUCCGAAAGGCAACGAUGGCUUACCAGGCCAGCCAGGUCUUCCGGGAUCCGCAGGGCAAAAAGGCAGCAAAGGUGAGACAGGCUUGCCUGGACUUCCAGGAACAUUUGAUCCAGGACAGUUGGGCUCUAAAGGAGACAAAGGAGAACCAGGAACUCCAGGUAUUCCUGGUAUAACAGGGCAGAAGGGCUACGAAGGUCUCCAAGGUGACCCAGGGCCUCCUGGACUAGUUGGAUCGCCAGGCAUAUCUGGACUGCCAGGCCCCAAGGGAGACGCAGGAUUUCCUGGGCCACCCGGACCAACUGGCCCCCCCGGACACAAAGGUGCCAGUGGCGAAAUGGGAAUUCCAGGUCUUCCAGGCAUUAAAGGUUUGCAAGGCAUAGUGGGACGUCCUGGCCAACCUGGUUCUCCUGGAUUUCAUGGGCUGAAGGGAGACAAGGGUGAUCCAGGCCUUUCAGAUGUCGGCAUUCCAGGGCCCCCUGGCCCUAAGGGUGAUGCAGGUUUGCCUGGAUAUCCAGGUAGUCCUGGCAUCAAAGGUUCUCCUGGCAAUUCUGGGUUGCCUGGGUUGCCCGGCAGUCCAGGUACAAAAGGUGAACCCGGCCACCCUGGGUUCCCAGGCACACCAGGUAUUUCUGGACCAAAGGGUAUUGAUGGACCCCCAGGUAAUCCAGGUGUUCCAGGAUCACCUGGGUCUCCAGGUGACCCUGGCCGCCCUGGACCUGCUGGCCUUCCAGGGGGAAAAGGACAGCCUGGCCAGGAUGGUAUUCCUGGGCCAGCAGGACAGAAGGGUCAACCAGGUCAACCAGGUUUUGGGCGCCCCGGACCUCCAGGACCCCCUGGACUCUCAGGUCAAAAGGGUGAUUCAGGCUUACCUGGACUCCCAGGACCUCCAGGAUUCCCUGGCCUGAAGGGAGAGACAGGUCUCCCAGGAUCCCCUGGCCUUCAAGGUUCACCAGGCCCUCCAGGACUGCCUGGGCCACCUUCAGAAGGGCCUAAGGGUAGCCCUGGGCCACCAGGCAUACCAGGGAGGCCAGGUUUGCCUGGUCCAGAAGGAGCCCGUGGACCCCCUGGAACUGGAGGAGUUAAAGGAGAAAAGGGAAACGCUGGCCAGCUAGGACAGCCCGGACUGCCCGGUUUAAAAGGAGACCAAGGGUUACCUGGACGCUCGGGUGAUCCUGGUCAUCCGGGUCUGAAUGGAAUGAAAGGCGAUCCUGGUGUCCCAGGAGUCCCAGGGUUCUCAGGUAUGCAGGGACCUCUCGGACCUCCAGGACCAGCAGGCCUGGGAGGAGACCCCGGACCCCCUGGAUCUCCAGGUCCUCCAGGGAUCCCUGGUCCAGCCGGACAAACAAUUGUGGUUAAAGGUGAUCCAGGUCCACCAGGUCCUCCAGGGCAGCCUGGAUUGAAAGGUGUACCUGGACUGCCAGGCCCACCAGGAUUGCCAGGCCCAAUCGGUCUUCCUGGUGAUACUGGGCGAGAUGGGCUUCCUGGAUUUGACGGACCAGGAGGGCGUAAAGGGGAGAGAGGACUUCCAGGUCAAGCAGGUCUCCGGGGUUCUCAGGGCCCCCCUGGUCCAGACGGAUUGCAAGGACCACCUGGUCUCCCUGGGGCAGCUUCCGUUGCUCAUGGAUUCCUCAUAACUCGCCACAGCCAAACAACAGACACCCCACUCUGCCCACAAGGAACCAGUCGGAUUUACGAUGGAUUUUCUCUUCUCUACGUGCAGGGGAACGAGAGAGCCCAUGGGCAGGACUUGGGCACUGCUGGUAGCUGCCUCCGCCGUUUCAGCACCAUGCCGUUCAUGUUCUGCAACAUCAACAAUGUCUGUAAUUUUGCAUCUCGGAACGACUAUUCCUAUUGGCUCUCCACCCCUGAGCCAAUGCCAAUGAGCAUGGAGCCUUUAACCGGAAAGAGCAUCCAACCCUUUAUUAGCCGCUGUACAGUCUGUGAAGCUCCUGCCAUGGUUAUAGCAGUCCACAGCCAGACCAUUCAAAUCCCAUCAUGUCCACAAGGUUGGAACUCACUAUGGAUUGGUUAUUCUUUUAUGAUGCACACCAGUGCCGGUGCAGAGGGAUCUGGGCAGGCAUUGGCUUCUCCUGGUUCCUGCCUGGAAGAGUUCCGCUCAGCUCCCUUCAUUGAAUGUCACGGUCGAGGGACCUGCAACUAUUAUGCUAAUUCAUACAGUUUCUGGCUGGCAACUGUGGAGAUGGCAGAAAUGUUUAGUAAACCUCAGUCGGAGACCCUGAAGGCUGGAGACCUAAGGACGCGUAUUAGUCGAUGCCAAGUUUGCAUGAAGAGGACGUAAUGCCUUGGGGACUUUUUUAAAGAACAACUCAAAAAUCUUAUGGUGCACUGUCCUUCAGCUAUAACAAUGGUGCUAUUGUGCAGAAGAGAGAGAGAACGUUUUCAAAAGAAAAUGAUAAAAAAAUCUGACAAUGCAGAUUCCGGUGUGCUUCUCCUCAAGUGCCAUCCCAAAGGUGGUCUUCUGGUGCAUUUUUUUUUUUGCAUGUGUGGAUCAAGGGAACUGACCUCUUGCAAAAUAUUGGAGACACCUGAGGGUCACUAAGGAUCAGAAGGUGACAUUAACACUUCUCCCCAUCCACCCCCAAAGGCUGAGGGGGCACUCUUUGAAAAAAGGCCCCAGAGAAAAAGGAAAAACUACAGAAACUGCAACCUUGCAAUGCACUGGGGUGGUUCAAAUGAGUAAACUCUUCCGAGAAGCCCAACUUCAUGGUGCUACUAACCCUGCUGUAUCCCAGGUUUUUAAUAUGAAAUGUGUAAGCUUAUUUUUUUUCCUGUGUAAGUAAUGAAAUGUGUAUAUUGUGUAAACACAUUUUUUUUAGUUUUCAACUUCUCAAUCCUUUAGACACAAACCAGCCUAAAAUCACUGAUUUCACCAAAAUAAACCAAAACCUAUAUAUAAAUAUAUAUAUAUAAAUACCCACUUAAAGCAGGAAGCAAUGUUGUAUAGUCAAUAAGUGGCAAUGAGAGGUCUGUUUUUCUCUUGCACCUAACUACUACUGAGUUUUAAAAGUUUAUUUUCUUCCCUGAGUUCUGUUCAUAUUUUAUUUGGAAAAGGUAUAAUAACUCUGUAGCCAUUUUUUUUUAAACGAGGCUGUUAAUGUCAAUAUUGUAUGCCACACUAUUGAUGAUUAUAUUUGUCCUUAAGAAGCAAAAAAAACCCACAUAAAUAUUUUAAAGGAUUUUUUAACUUUUGCAUAUUCUGUGAAAUAUUUGAAAUGUUCAGUCAUGUCCUACAUUCCAGCCUGCCCCCAAGCUGGUGCCAUCCAGAUAUUUUGGACUACAGCUCCCAUCAUCCCUAACAAAUGACCAUGCUGGCUGGGGCUGAUGGGAGUUGUAGUCCAAAACAUCUGGAUGGCACCAGACUGGGGAAGGCUGCAAAAGUUCUUCUAUAAGACCGGUAAAAAUGUUGUAUUCAUUGAUACAGUAAUAGCUAACUACCCCAUGGAAAAUAUGCAAGUAACAUAAGUUUAUAAAUAUUAUUCAUACACACAUUCACACACACACAACCACUUUUUCAGUAGUGAUGCCUAGUAUUUAACCAGAGUAACUGUAUACUUUGAAAAUCCUUUUGAACGAAAUAAAGUGAAAAUUGAUAAAA